AUGAAGAAUGUAAAGAUACUACAUCUACCACAGCUGUUUGUGUUUGUUCACGCCUGCUUUGCUCAAGCAGACUUUGCCCCCUACUUCUACGACAAUGGACCGUACAGCAACAAUGGGAACCUGGCUCUGUUCAGCCUGUCAGAGGACACGCCCAUUGGUACACAGAUCUAUAGUCUCAACGGCACAGACCCUGAGGGCCAUGAGGUGAUGUACGGCCUGUCAUUUGAUCCUGGCUCCAAAGAGUACUUCAGGGUCGACCCCAAAUCUGGAAACAUGACUUUGGUGGAAAAGCUGGACAGAGAAAACCAAGAUUCAAUUGACGUUCUUGUGAGCAUCACUGAUGGAAGAAGCAAGGUUGUGGAAAGAGUCACAAUAUUUGUGAUGGAUGCAAACGACGAGAAGCCUGAAUUCAAAAACAUGCCUGCGUUCAUUGAUGUGCUAGAGACGACAGAGUCUGGCGGCAGCAUCUACGGAGUCGAGGCAGUGGACAGAGACACAGGCUCAGGAGGCUCAGUCACCUACUACCUCCAGAAUCCUCCGUCCACUUUGUUUGCCAUCGACAGACACAGUGGUGUCCUUCGUAUCAGAUCUGGAGAAAUGUUGGACUACGAGAAAACAAAGACCCACUUUGUGACUGUCAUUGCAAAGGACGGUGGUGGUGACUUUAAUGGCAAGGAGCAGUUUCUGUCUUCCUCUGCUACUCUGACGAUCAAUGUGAUCGAUGCACAGGACACGCCACCAUCUUUUAUCGGGACGCCCUAUUUUGGCUUUGUUUAUGAAGUGUCAAUGCCCGGAUCUGAAGUAUUCAUUGUUACUGCCAAAGAUGGUGAUGUGGGGAAUCCAAAUCCGAUCCGUUACUCCUUCGAUGAUGGUGAUGAUGGUGUUUUCAGCAUCAAUAAAACAAGCGGCUGUAUCACUCUGCUGACCUUCCCCAUGUACCUGAAGAGAGAGGUCUUUAAUAUGAAAGUCAGGGCUUCAGAAGUGAGUCCUGAAGGCCAACUGAUGGACUACGGGGUAACCACCUUGGUGAUCCGUGUGGUAGACCUGAACAAUAACCCACCUACUUUCUAUGGAGAGAACGGCCCCAAGAACAUGUUUGAGUUGACCAUGUACGAGCAUCCACCGGAGGGAGAGAUUCUCCGAGGGCUGAAAAUCACUGUCAAUGACUCCGAUCAAGGCGCGAACGCCAAAUUCAAUCUGAGGCUGAUUGGACCAGGCAGGAUGCUUCGAGUCGUUCCUCAGACUGUGCUGAACGAGGCCCAGGUCACGAUCUUGGUGGAGGACUCGGCUGCCAUGGACUACGAGAAGCAUCAUUUUCUCACAUACAAGCUCCUGGCAGUUGAGGUUGAUACUCCGGAGAGAUUCAGCGCAACAGCAGACAUUGUCAUCCACCUCCUGGACACCAAUGACAACGCUCCCAAAUUCUCCUCAGAUUACUACAUCGCUCGGAUUCCAGAAAACUCACCAGGCGGCUCCAACGUGGUGUCAGUCACGGCAACAGACCCAGACUCAGGACCUUGGGGUGAAGUGAGGUAUACGAUCUAUGGAUCCGGAGCUGAACUGUUCCUGAUCCAGCCCAAAUCUGGGAUCAUCUACACGCAGCCCUGGGCGAGCCUGGAUGCAGAGGUGAGAUCCAAGUACAACUUCUACGUGAAGGCAGAGGACAUGGAUGGAAAGUACAGCCUGGCUGAGGUGUUUGUGACGGUGCUCGACCUGAACGACCACCCACCAGCUUUCAACGAAAACUUCCUCGAGAAGACGAUGGUGAUCGGAGCACCAGUGAAAAUAGAGGCUGUAGAUGACGACGCUGAGGUACCCAACAACGUCAUCGAGUACACCAUCAUGAAAGCUGAGCCGGACAACAACAUCUUCGACAUCGACAUCGACACUGGCGAGAUCGUGCUGAAGUCCUACAUCAAGUCGAUGGCCAUCAUUCAGAACAUCACCAAGCAGAGGGACUUCACCUGGUCCCUGGUGGUGCAGGCCCGAGACCGAGGCAAGCCGUCCUUCAGCACCACCGCAGUCGUCAAGAUCGACAUCACAGAGGCUACCCAACUCAAUGGGGGGCCUUGGGGAUCAUUUAUAAUGCAGAGUAGAAACAAGCCCUUGCAAAUCCUAGGCAUGCUUGGUGGUGUCAUUAGUCUCAUGGUCAUAGUCACUGUCAUCAUCUCCACGGCAACAUUCAUGCGCAACAAAAAGUCCAACCGGAUCCUGCCUAACCGCCGUGUGAGGAGGAGGCGCAAACAGAACGCCUGGAACUUCAAAAACCCCUUCAAGGAGCCGGACAAUCCCAGAGAGAAGUUCAAAAUCGAAGAGGAAGAGCAGGAGCCCGAGGUCAUCGUGGAGAACAUCAACUACAACAACAACGUCAACAACGUCCAGAGAUACUGGCCCCCACCGCCCUGCGCCCCAUCCCUGCCCCCUCCACCCCCACCCUACAUCCCAGGGGCAAGGCAGUGGGCUGUACCCACCAUCUCGGCGACGGUGGCACCCAAAUCCAGGAAGAAGCCAUUGAAUACCAAACAGGACACUGUGAACAAAGCACUGGUUUCAGAGCUCAAGCUGAGGCUGGAGCAAAAGAGGCUGCUCACACACCAAUAG